GUGAUUUGGGUCAAGUGAUUUGGGUCAAAUGAGUUUGGGUCAAGUGAUUUGGGUCAUAUGAGUUUGGGUCAAAUGAGUUGGGUCAAGUAAGUUUGGUUCUAAUGAUUUGGGUCAAAUAAGUUUGGGUCAAAUGAGUUUAGAUCUUAUGAGUGCGACCGCCAAUACAAACAUAUAUAUUAUAAUUCGGGACUAAUGUUGGGAAUAUUAUGCAUACGAUCGGCAGCGGCGGCGGUAGUGCUAAUGGCAUACAAUUGGCGGACAGACCGUAAUCAUCGUCAACACCGACAGCAACAACAUAAGCAACUGUUCAGACACUGGUCGUCUGAUCCAUGGCUGCUAAGAUCGGCAGACAUGACUGGUGAUGACGGCAUCGAUAUUGUCGGCGUUAGACAAAAAUGUUUGCGAUCAGUGGUCCGAUGUUAUCGGAUCUCUAUCCAAGACAGUGAUUACUCAAGCGGUAUGGGUACUGGAUCUCGUGUGGCCAACAACAACAUCGGCGGCGUAAACGAUAAGUAUGUUGUGACCGCCGCUCACGUAGUCAAAGGCGCACAGAUUGUCAAAUUAGCUAUGAUUUACGAAAAUCAAUAUCAAUAUAUUGAUUCAACCGUUGUCUAUGUGGAACUGCACCGGGAUUUGGCACUGUUUAAGCUGAACAUCGAUGAAUCGGUCGAUACGGAUGGCUACAUACCUGUACCUAUACUAACCAACAACCGACCAGAUUUCGGCGAACCUGUAAUCACGUUUGCCAUCAAUGACUGGGACUUUUGGUGCCAUUCGGGUCGUGUCCAGGCCAUGGGUGUCAAUGUUAAUCAAUUUAUGACCGACUAUAAGAUGGAGUUUGCUUAUAUAGAUGACGCCGUAACUCUGUUGGCUCAUUCGGCUCCUACUCCUCCCGGUUUUUCUGGCGGUCCACUGGUAGUCGCUGGUGGACAAAUAGCCGGUGCUAACGACAUUGCCAGCCAAUUUGGCAACUAUUGUAGUAUAGCUUACAAUGAGAUAAAUGAGUUUAUUGAAAAUGCUAUGAAUUAUCAGAGAACGGUAUUCCCCAGGAAAGUCAUGAACCGUGAGAUCAAGUAUUCACCGAUUAUUGCUGGCAACGGGCCAUUAGCGGAAGCGGCAGCAGUAGUAGUCAAACUCGGCAUUGUCCUAUCGAAACAUAUAAAUUGGUUUAUUGUUGAGGACAUACUACCCGAAUCCCUGUGCCCAGAACUUUCCCAAAAAUAUAUUAUAGCCAUCGAUGACCAACCGUUUACUAAUAUCAGUCAAUUGACUGCUGCUGUACUGCUGACUACCGGUGCUAAUGAUACUAAUAAUAGAAAACAGUUAAAACUAACGUUAAUAGACUUACCGGUAAACGAUAACAAUCGUAUGGACACACCAUUGAUGGUUAAGUGCCAACAUUAUAGUCAACUACCUGUUGUUUGUUAA